CUCGGCAGCGAGAAGACAGCGCCGCACUGCUCACUCAACAAGCGUGCACGGGGCGAGGCGGCGAUCCCCGCGUGGCCCUCAUCCGGCACCGCUAUGGAAAUGACCACAGCGUUCUUUGUGAGAGCAGCCCUCAUCCCUUCCUACAUUCAACCGCUCCAUCUGGGGACCCAGACAAUAAAACACUGCAGCUGAGUGGCUUCUCUCCUCCGGGAGUGCACUGAGGAGGAGGAUGAAGAGCAGAGACACCCAGAGAAGUGUUUGUCUUGCCAACUUGCACAUGGACGUUUGUUUGACCCCCAUCUGAGUUCUGUACAUCGACACAAUGUCCGCCAUGUGUAUUUCUGCAGCGGUGCUGUGGACAUUGCUGGUUGAAAUCUCAGCACGGGUUUUGACCACAACUGACCCAGCUGAUCUGCCGCUCCUCUCUCCUCGCCACUAUCAAUACAAAAACCCAGAUUCUGGCUCCCAGCUGGUCUGUGACAAGUGCCCGGCAGGUACCUAUGUGUCUGUCCACUGUUCUCUAACUGCUGUUAGGGAGUGCAGCCCGUGCCCUGAAGGUACUUUCACACGAGGUGAGAACGGUGUUGCGCAAUGUCAUCACUGUGGGGCUCUAUGUCCUGCAGGCCUCUUUGAAAAAGUACCCUGCACUACCACCCAGGACCGUGUGUGUACGUGCCCCCCGAACAGCUUCCUGUUGGUGGAAGGGGGCACAGAGUGUAAGCCCUAUUCGCUGUGCCCUCCUGGGACAAGGGUGAAAAAGCGGGGUAGUGAAACAGAAGAUGUUAUUUGUAAGCCGUGCACCAAAGGAACUUUCUCCAAUGCGGAAUCAAGUGCGCUCAAGUGCCGAGCCCAUGCGGACUGCCGAGCUCAGGGGUUGACGCUGCUCAUAGCGGGGACAAGAGAGACUGAUAAUCUCUGUGGACCCCUGUCUACAGCCCCCUCAUCUGCAUCUUCCUCCACAGCCACUGCACAAGGACAAGAAUUAGUGACAUCGGAAUCUUCCUCGUCACCAUUAGAUCACAAAGGCAUCAACAGCCGUUCAGCUGCCAUUCAAUUUAGGGAAAACCAAGGUGGGAAACUAGAGGAUAUAAUUCGCAGUCGUGCAACAAGCACCAUUCCAGCAAUCCGUGACACCCCUCACACUUCACCUCCCACAGCCCGAAAACAUCUGGUGCAUCGCAAGCAACCUUGGGACGAACCAAAUUCCAACCCCUUGCAUGGGCCCAACAAGCGGACAAUAGAAGGAUUCGAUGGUUCAGAGGUCAGUGUUGGGAUGGGAAUCAGUAAGAUUGCUGUGCAGUCGAACAGAGACAGAGUUUCCAAUUACAACCGUCCCACUCGAAGAGGAUCCCCACGGCCGAGCACUCGCGAUCACUUCGAUAUAAACGAGCACCUCCCCUGGAUGAUUGUUCUGCUGCUCCUGCUCGUUCUGGUGGUGAUUGUGAUGUGCAGUGUGAAACGGAGUUCCCAUGUGCUGAAGAAAGGCCCAAUGCAGGACCCGAGCAGUAUCGUGGAAAGGGCAAUUCAGAAGAAACCAUCUGUGCCCUCUGGACAGGUCAAAGAGAAGUGGAUCUAUUACUCUAAUGGACAAGGAGUGGACAUUCUAAAACUGGUUGCAGCUCAGGUGGGCCCACAGUGGAUUGACAUUUAUCAGUCGCUGGCCAACGGCACAGAGCGGGAGGUAGCAGCCUUCUCCAGUGGGUACUCGUCAGAUCACGAGCGGGCAUACGCUGCGCUGCAGCACUGGACCAUUCGGGACAGUGAUCCCAAUCUGGCCAAGCUGAUCAACGCCUUGCACCGACAGCGCCGUAUCGACGUGGUGGAGAAGAUCAGACUAGUUAUGGAGGACAAUCCCCAGUUUGACAUAAACCAGCUGAUGACAUCUGUGAAUGUAAGCCAAAGCCUCAGUCCCAUUCACAAGCCUCCUGAGUCUCCCAGCAGCAUUGGCGGCAGUGCUGUCGGUGUAGAGCAGUCGCCGGUGGACCGUACCAAAGGCUUCUUCCACGAUGAGUCGGAACCGCUGCUCCGUUGUGACUCCACCUCCAGCAAAGACUCUGCUCUUAGCAGGAACGGUUCAUUCAUCACUAAAGAGAAGAAAGACACAGUGCUUCGUCAAGUGCGGCUCGACCCGUGCGACCUGCAGCCCAUCUUUGACGACAUGUUGCACAUCCUGAACCCCGAAGAGCUGCACGUUAUCGAGGAGAUCCCUGCUGCCGAGGACAAGCUAGACCAGCUUUUUGAGAUCGCCGGAGUCAAAAGUCAGGAGGCCAGCCAGACGCUGUUGGACUCGGUCUACAGCCACCUCCCUGACCUUUUGUAGACGAAGAAGAGGAGCAGAUAAGGUCAUAAAAUAUGCCACAAGUAGAUCUGAUACCGUUCAGAUUGAGCACAAGUUUGAUCUGACACAGUGAUCCAUCAUCAUCAUCCGUUUUCUACUUUGUUUGAAGCUUCUUUUAUUGAUUUCGACUGGGGAAAGACAGACAACAAAAUAUGAGUAGGAUGACCCGACUCUUCCUAUUAUCUUGUAUUGUGUGUUUGUUAUUCCUUUAUCCACUAAUAUACAGGGUCAAAGUCAAUACUUUGGUGUAUGUCUACCAAUUGUAUCAAAUACAUUCAGAGUUUAAUAAUGUAGCAAACAUGAAUAUUGCGGCAUGGCUCAAGAGCUUGUUGUUGAACAUAUCGUUGCUAUCCAAUGAAAAGUGUUGCUAAGUUUUGUUCAAGAUUCAUGGAGAUAAAUGUUUUUCAUUGUAUAAUGACAAUAUGUUAAAUUUCAUGAAAAAUACAAAGCACUUUCUUUAUGUUAAACUUGCACCAUUCAUGGAUAAUACUGGAUUUUCUGGCUUACAACAGAAACAUCCAUCCAUCCAUCCAUUUUCUGAGCCGCUUCUCCUCACUAGGGUCGCGGGCGUGCUGGAGCCUAUCCCAGCUGUCAUCGGGCAGGAGGCGGGGUACACCCUGAACUGGUUGCCAGCCAAUCGCAGGGCACAUAGAAACUAACAACCAUUCGCACUCACAGUCAUGCCUACGGGCAAUUUAGAGUCUCCAAUUAAUGCAUGUUUUUGGGAUGUGGGAGGAAACCGGAGUGCCCGGAGAAAUCCCACGCAGGCACGGGGAGAACAUGCAAACUCCACACAGGCGGGGACGGGGAUUGAACCCCGCACCUCAGAACUGUGAGGCUGACGCUCUAACCAGUCGGCCACCGUGCCGCCACAACAGAAACAAAACAAGUGAAAAAAAAGAAAAGUAAAAUAAGCUUUGACUUCAGUACACUGGUAUUGUUCUUGUUUUUUUCAAGAGGCUCUUCAACAAUUAAACAUACAUUAUUUACAUUUAUCAAUGUAUUAUCCAAGGUGCGGUUUAGCCCUCAGCUUAUGUGCCUAAAUAUAUAUAUAUAUAUAUAUAUAUAUAUAUAUAUAAAACUCAUCAAAUGGAAGCAGUCUAAUUUUUACAUCUCCAGUCUGCUUUUAGAGAAUUAGUGCCCUAUAACCUAUAACCUGAAAGUGUCGGUUACUGUUAAGAUAUAAUACAUUAUGUUCUCUGCUAACUUUCUCUGCUCCACUCUAUUCUCUCUCUUUGAAACCACUCAGUUUGUAGGCUCUGUGUCCAGUUUGUGUAUGGUUAGGAUCACUACGACGGAAACACUGUUUGAAGUUUGUGUCAAAAUAUAUUAAUAAGGCACUAAUUAAUUUGUGGUUAUUUGUCCAUCACAAAUAUUUUUUUGUGUGUGUGUGAAGACCACCGGUCCUAGUUCUAUCUAAAAUAUGCAUUUUAUGAAGUUAUAGCAUUUGUUAUUUCAAAAUGGGCCAAAAUGGUGUCUCUGUCUUCAGUUAUGAUGAAUACAAAACCUUAACAAAGCGUUGAUAAAAUUGUAGUUAGUAACUUGUCUACUAGGUCGAUCAUCUAUGCUCUAAUUGCGCUUUCUUCCACUUGCGUAUUGAAAUGUAUGGGGGGAAAAAAAUCCAGAAGAUAUCCGGUGCAAUACAUUGUGGUCAUUGACGGUCAUGUAUUUUCUUUUUUUCCUGAUGAAAUGUUGUUAAAAUAAGCUUGACUUUUUCUUUUUUUUUUUUUUUUACUAUUCAGUUUCGUAGCAUCCCCUUAUUAACAUUUUGUUUGUUCAUUCCCCCACCCCCAUGGCUCUUGUGUGUAUUUCCCCCUGCUUGGCAUGACACAAUUACAUGCGGAAACUAAGAUAUGCAUACUCUACAUUCUACUUGAAAUAUUAUGUCUUAUGUCUACAUAGGACAUUUGAUUCAAAAGAAAAACAUAAUGCACUCUGGUUUCCUUUAAAUGUACUUUACGACGAACUGAAAAGUACACAUGAUAACAAUAAAACAUGCGACUUUGGUGGUCACCAUGACAGUAGCAGCAACCUUGGUGCUGGGUGUGAAUCUCUCAGCAACUGGCCUGACACAUGCACGCACUCAAUCCUGACUUCUUCACUUUGAGUAUUCCUGAAUGAGUAACAAUGAGUUAAAUAUAUGCUGCUGUGUACUUGACAGAGGGAUGAAAGAGGAUAACAAGGAUGUCCUGACUCAAACCUCAGAGUGUGAGGGCUUUUAUUUUAUUUUUUUAUUUUCAAAUUGAUGUAUGAAAGGAUGAAGGUGAUGGUGGAUAGUGGAUGAGUUCAAGAUUCACAAGCAUAGCCACUAUGUUUACUUUGUAACUUUAAAAUCAUUCAAUAAAAACUCAAAUAUUUGUCAUAA